AUGACACCAUUUAUAAAUUAUUCACGUUUUUUUGAUUUAAAUACAUUAACUAAUUCAUCAAAAAGUAAAGAUAUUAAUGAAGCACGUUCAAUUAUGGUUCAAACAUGGAGAAAUUUAUCUGAUGAUAAACGUCAACAAUAUAAUCAUGGUGUUGUCAAAUUUUAUUCACCUGUUACAGAAAAUUAUUUACCAGCAUCAAAUUUAGGUGCUAUUACUGAACGUUUAGAUGAUUUAAUAAGAAAUAAUAUUACAACACAUGGAAAAUUAGAUCAAACUAAUAUGGAUAAACGAACAUUUGAAAAAAUGAUUCAUUUUAAAUCACUUAAAUCAUGUAUUGAUCCAGGUGAAAGUGUUGAAAUUUUAGCUGCACAAUCUAUUGGAGAACCUAGUACACAAAUGACAUUGAAUAGUAAAAACACCAACAAUGAAGUACCUAUUUUACAUAGUUCAUCAGCAUUAGGUAAAGCAAAACGUUUACAACGUCGUUGGUCUCGUCUUUUAUUUUCUCAAGUAAUAAAAACUUUAAAUAUUCAUAAAAAACUUUCAUUAAAAUUAAAUGAUCAUAAACAUACAUAUAAAAUUGAAUUUUAUUUUGAUGAAAAAUAUGGAAAAAAAACAAUUAAAUGA